AUGGGUGGCUUAAAUAAUAGAUCUUAAAAGAAUUUCGAGGAAGUAAAUUCUCUAUAUUGGGCAGGAAGGUACGAAGACUGUAUUUCAAAAUGCAAUGCCUACUAAAAGUUUCAUAUAACAGAUGUUCGAUAUUCUUUAAUGAAAGGCGACAGCUAUUUAGAACUUAAGAAGUUUGAAGAAGCAAUUGAAAAUUAUGAGAUCGCUAAAGAAAUGGAUGAUACUAAUUAUUAUGCUUACGGAAAGAUUGGUGAUAUCAUGCUAAAUACAGGAAAAUUUAAAGAAGCAUUAGUAUAUUAUGAUAAAUGCACUACAAUUAAUGAUUAAUUGCAAGAAUAUUAUUUCAAAAAAGGUAGUUUUUUGAAUAUUUUAGCAAAAAUCUAUCAAAAGCUUAAAUAGCUUCAGCAAAGCUUAGAAUGUGUAGACCAUGUUUUGCGCUUAAAUUCCUCUCACAUAGAGGCUCUCUAAAUGAAAGCCAUUCUCUUGUAAUUGAUAAAUAAUAAGUAAAGUGGAAUUCAAGAGUUUCAAUAGAAUUUGUAAGAUAGUGGAGCCAAUAUUAGAUAAAUGUUAUAAUAUUAAUUAAGCUUAAGAGGUUAACUUGAGAAUAAAUCAAUUUUAGGGCAAAUUUUAUCUGAAGAUGAGUCUAAUAAGUAGUUUUAAAAAGCAUUUAAUGAGCUUGGAAAAAAUCCAAAAAAAACUUUAAAAAUUUGCGAUGAAAUUCUCAGGAAGGACAAAACAAAUUUCUAAUUUCUAAUUUUAAGCGCAUAUGCAUUAAAAAACCUUGGAUAAUAUGAGAAGGCUUUACAAAUUUGUGAUUUUAUUAAAUAACUAGAUCCAAAUAAUUAAGAAAUAGAAAAUUUGUAGUUAGUUAUCUAUGAGUUGAUUUAAUGA